AUGAGCCCAUUCCCUCCAUCUUUUGGCAAUCUGUACAUAUUGGUUGCAGUGGACUACGUCUCGAGGUGGGCAGAAGCUCAAGCCAUGCCCACCAAUGAUGCAAGACGAGUCUGCUCCUUUCUGAAGCAGCUGUUCUCCCGGUUCGGGACACCCCGCGCCAUCAUUAGUGAUAGAGGAACCCAUUUUCAAGGGCAAUUCACUAAACUCCUCUCUCGCUAUGGUGUUAAGCAUCAGGUGUCGGUGGCCUACCAUCCCCAGUCAAAUGGGCAGGCCGAGCUGACGAACCGGGAGCUAAAACGAAUAAUUGAAAAGACGGUGGAUCAGUCCCGCAAGGAUUGGUCCACCAAGCUCGAUGAUGCUCUUUGGGCGUAUAGGACUGCCUAUAAAAAUCCGAUUUGGCACUUCUCCCUAUAG